ACCUACCCAAUGAACAAAGCAAAAAAGCCAAGAAAACCACUAGUACGAAGAAAUCCAGUUCAAACGUAUGGAAUCAUGUAUGUGAUAUUUGUUCGAAGAAAUUUUUCAAGAAACACCGAUACGAAGCUCACAUGCGAACACAUUUGGGCUUGAAGCAGUGGAAGUGUGACCAUUGCGAGAGAGCGUUUGAUAAAUACACGUCACUGACGCUGCAUUUAUCGGCGAAACAUUCCGAAGGAGAACAACCAAUAUUCAAGUGUGAAGUUGAUGGUUGCGACAAGUCAUAUGCGAUGAAGCAAACUCUUCGAGUACACAUUCGCAAGGUGCACGAGGGCAUAAAACCACCGCUUAUCCCGAAAAUCUGCGAACUAUGUGGCAAAUCAUUCCAGAGUAAUGCUUUACUCGUCAGACAUUCUUAUACUCACACCAAAGACUCCCCAUUCAAAUGUGAUGUUUGUUCGAAAAUGUUCAAAUCAAAAUACGAACUGAGCGAUCAUACAAUGCGUCACAAAGGGAUUAGAAAUUUUGUUUGUCCAACAUGCGGCCAGCGAAAGACAACCAGACAUGAUCUUCGGGUGCACAUGAAAUAUCACAAUGAAGAGGUUCAAUUCCCUUGCAAACUCUGCUCGAUGGUAUUCACUCGUCAACCGAACAUGAAACGACAUAUGAGAGUGGUUCAUCUUGGUGUCAAGGCGUUCCCGUGCCCACAUUGCGAUCAAAGCUUUGGCAAAGCAGAAACGCUAAAACAUCACGUCAUGACUCACACUGGCGAAAAGCCACAUGCCUGCUCCAUUUGCUCCAAAAGGUUCAUUCAAUCCGUCGCACUGAAAACUCAUAUGAAAACGCAUAAUAAAAUGAAAUAAACCGUUUUAUAGUGAACAAAUUGUACAUUUAUUGUAAAGAAAUGAAAAAUAUUUUGAUUUUAUUUUUUUCAUGCAGUUCUAUCUAGGAAGGUGAUAAUAUUAACAAGGAAACAAAUGAAUAUGUCAAGUAAAUUGUUGGAACACGAAUACAAACAUUCGUGUGAACACGAGAUGGUGUCUUAGUAUUCUAAUUGAAAUUGAGCGUGUUCAAUGAAAUAAAAGAGAAUCUUCAUGAAUACACACAAUAUUUAAUGAUCAACAA